AUGAAUUUAAAAUUCGAAGCUUUGUUGAAUUACUUCAACUCCCUGUCGGUUGCCGAAAGUUCGGCACCAGGAACAGAUAUGCCACUGCCCAAUGGUAACAUUGAGCAGGUCUUCGAUUGGAAGAAGAUUUCCAAUCUUGAGGGAAAUGCCGAUGCAACCACCCUGGAAAAAGAGCUGUCUAAUGUUGAAAGCAUCAAGUCCAACAAAGCCAUUCUGAGAUUUAAUCCGAAGAGAUUCCACAACCACGAGUCUAAACCAAAAUCUUUGGGGACCAAAGGCCGGGCUCCGUUAUUGCCAAAGGACCUUCGUGACAAUUCAAGUGUCACAAUUGUGACCCCUGCCAUCAACUAUGCUGUAAAAGUGUUCGUUGGCAUCAAAGUUUGCACUGAUGAAAGCAGAGCCAGCAUCAAUUGGAAGGAAAAAAUAGUGCAGGCUUUCUCAUUCUUGGAGUCCUUGAACGAAGAGCCAGAUGUAUUGGAGAAGUUCGAGAAAGUUCUUCCAGAGACAGAGCACGGUUUUCCAGAUGAGCCAGCCGGACAACAGCAAAAGGAUGCCAGUAUUGAAUUACUGUACGACAAUUUUCUUUAUUCACCAAAGAUGAAUGCGGACAUGGACACGUCCAGCGAAUCAGAAUGCAACUACUUCAACAACGAGGUCUUAUCAGAGUCAGAGUCAAGGAUUGAGGAGCUCUCAUCAACUGUCUCAGAGCCAGAGAUGGAGCCAAAGCCAGAUGUGGAGUCAAAAAUUGAGGCAGAGGCCGAACAAGAGAUAGAACAAGAAGUCGAACAAGAGACAGAACAAGAUCCAGAGCAAGAACCAGAGCAAAAACAACAGGAAGGCUCUCUCUUGGAAGAAACCACCCCAGUCCAAUCAAUAUUGACCUGCAUUCCAGAAAAAACCCGUUCAGAAAAAAACAAGAGCGAAUCAGAGACUUUAGUCUGUCCAGAACCAGUGCCAGAAUUAGUAGUGGACCAACAAUGGUAUCUACCACCGCGUGAAGAUGUAUACUCAGAGCUCUUUGGAAAAAACGAGCCAGAGGCAGUUAUUAACGAGAGAGUUAGAAUACUCGGACUUCACCUGGUGUUUAUUUAUAGAAUGCAGCUCAGGAUUUUCAAGAACAUCAAAUUCCGAGGCCAUCCCGAGGAUAUAGAUUCAACACCAUUUCCAGCUUUGAGACACACUAUUAAUUCACUAAACAUCCAUAGCUUGAAGCACAUAGUGGCACCACCCGCCUGCAUUGUACCAUUUUUGCGCCGCCCAGCCAAAAAUAUUGACACGGAAACUUUCAACGAGUGGUUCAGUGACAUUGGACCACUAAUUACCGGAAAAUUUCACGAGGGGCCAGAAUACUGCCCAUGGAUUGACAUUGACGAAAGAGAGGAAAUGGGUAAAGCUUAUCAUUAUGAUCUUUUCCAGAAAGGAGUGCAGAAAGGUAGAUUCAUCCGUGAUAUGUUCAAGAGGCAGUCCUCGACUGGAAACCCAUUUCAGAGGCUCAAGGCCAAGUACAAGAAGUUCCUCUGGGACUUCAAAGGGUUGCCCGUCACAGAGGAUAGCAGUGACCAGUACAUGGCCUAUGUGGGACAGUUGCACAAGCUAUUUUACCAAACGGGAAUCAACAUGUUUAUUGACGACAGUCUUGUUGAUGAAGCGGUGAAGCAAAGAUGGAAUGCCAAACACAAGCACUGGUACCAAAGAAAGGCAUCACACUGGAAAGCAAAGGCAGAGAGAAAGUACAAGGUGAUAAGAUUAUUUAAAGAGGAACGUCUCUGGAUCAAGAAGUGGAGGCAAAAGCAGAUCGAGAGGUUGAUCGAGGAAAACAAGAUGUCGAAAUGGAAAUACGCCGAGAGGGAGUUGAAGUACUCGAAGAAGCCUCACUAG